AUGAAUGCAUUAAACAUCGCUAAACAUCUUCUCUAUUUGACUCAAACUGAAUAUGGCUCUGAAAAUUAUGCAACAACAGUCGAUGAAAUUUUUACUGUAGAACGAUUAUUUGAAGUUCUGAAGUCAUUUAAAGACAGCUACAUCAGUGAGCUGUAUACCUAUGAUCCUCUGGAAUAUGAAGAUGAACACGAUGACAUGACUGAUGAAGAAGAAACCGAUGAUGAAAUUGAUGAUUACAAUGAGAAUGAAUAUUCUGAUAUAAAAGAUCAUUUUACAUUAGAAGAAAUGGAAAAUAUAAUCGAAUGCGUUGACCAACAUUCAAACGCUAGAUUUGCAACUAUUUCUCAUCGAUUUAUGAAAAUCAAUUCCAUAAAUUAUAUUACAAGGUUUACAAAAUAUAUCGAAAAGAAUGGCACACGAUUAGAAAAAUUAAAACAAAUCAAAGAAUUUAUGUUGAACGAAUUUUAUUUAAAAAGAACCAUUGAAAAAGAAGCCGUUCAUGAUGCUGGCCUUGAGCUGUGUGUAAUUCAAAAUGCAAGAGAAUUAAAUUAG